GCACAGCACCGCCCCCUAGCGCCUCUGCAGAGCGCCGCUUCCGCUGCCCACCCCCGGCAGCCUGAUGGGAUGCUGGCGGAAUGAUUGAGGCGGGCUCUGCAGGGAGACCCAGGUGUUGGGACAACGUCCACGGGCCUGCGAGUCCUUAUCUCUACAGUUUUAUAACACAUCAGCAUUACUCGGUGCUGAGCCAUUUUGGACACACAGGGGCAGGCUGUGCACCUCUCUCUCCCCUACAUCGCUGCUGCUGAGUGUAGAAGAAAUCUGUACACGGAAGUUGUUGGAUCGGGUGGCAGCUGUUUUCCAGAAGUUCACGAUGAAGAGCAGCGUUUUCCUGCUGCUGCUGCUUGCAGCUUUCACCUGUGGACUUGCACGGGGAGAAGAAAGUGAAGGCGAAGAGCUGCAGGUGGAGACCCUGGUGCAACCCGAAACUUGCUCUGUACUUUCCAGAAUGGGAGACACGCUGCAAAUCCACUACACGGGUAAACUGAUAGAUGGAAAGGUGAUCGACUCAUCACUCUCCAUGGACCCUCUUGUGGUCGAGCUGGGGAAGAGGACAGUUAUUGCCGGUCUGGAACAAAGCUUGGUUGGCGUGUGUGAAGGGCAAAAAAUUAAAGCCACUAUUCCAGCUCACCUUGCAUAUGGAAAGAAAGGUUACCCUCCUACGAUUCCAGGUGACGCCGACCUUGAGUUCGAGGUGGAGGUGAUUUCUCUCACACAGCAGACACCGUGGCAGAAAAUGGUCACCGACGUGUUACCCCUCGUGUGUCUGGCUCUGGUGCCCACUCUGCUCGGCUUGGUGGGACUUUACCUCUACAACAAGGCCAAUGCAGAGAAGCCGAGCAAAAAGAAGGCAAAGGAUAAGAAGAGCAAGAAGAAAUGAGGACAAGGCACAGAACUAUUUAAAUAAAACAUUUUUAAUUGUA